AUGGAGGGGCAGCCUAGGAACGUCUGUCUCCUCACUACUCAAAACCUUACCGCAUGCACCCACCUCACCUCUCAGCAGGAUGAGCUGCUGCUGGGCCGCGUGGCGGAGAUGGAGGAGCAGCUCAACCAGCAGCUGCUGGAGGGACCUGCUGAGGGCACCACCUCCCAGCUCAGAGGCAUAGACACGGCUUCCCUGUUCCUCUCUAUGCCAUCCCUCCUGCUGCUGGGGCGUGUGGCGGAGAUGGAGGAGCAGCUCAACCAGCAGCUGCUGGAGGGAUCUGCUGAGGGCACCGCCCAGCCGGCUGGAUCGACAAACAAGGCUGCUGCCACUGGCGGAUCUGGGAACGGCGCUGCAAUGUUAGUCUUCUGUUCCCUUUGCGUUGACUCCUUGGCACCGCGUCCCACCUUCACAGAAGGCCUGCUGAAAACCACUACUCUCCCCCGCGGUAUCUACCGCAACAAGCUGAAUAGCACCUUCCUGGAAUACCACCGAAAUGUGCACAAGGGGGAGGUAGAACUGCACUGCAUGGGCGGCACCUGCCCGAACCUAGACAUCUGCGGCUUGGCGUUCCCGAACGUGCGAGCCUGCUUCUGGCCGAACCUGGUAGAUGAGGAUUAUAUUUACCCAGCCCAGCCUGAGAAUUGCCCGAAGCUGUCGAAUUGGGAGGAGGUUGGGGCGAAGGGGGCGGACCCUAGGUGCACCCACCCUGGGGAUAACCUGAGAUUUGAUAAGUAUGUGCCGCAGUAUUAUGAGAUCAAGGACGUGUUUGUGGAUGCUAACGGGGUGCUCUUUAACGAGUCGCUGCACUUCUUCCGGCAUGGGUGCUUCAAAGACAAAGAGUUCGCCUAUCAUGCCAACCACACCAGCGUGCUGCACUACCACCGCCUCGUGUCUCUGCUGUACCAGCUGGGGGGGGCGUUCUACCACACGCUCAUCGAGGUGGUGCCGCACUUCCUGCUGCUCGCCCCGCUGCUGAAAGACAACCCUGGCAUGCCCAUUGCUGUCAGCCGCAAACAGCUGAAGCUGUACGACUCGGUGCUGCACCCCAUUGUGGGCAUCAGCUCGCGCGAGCUGAACCUUGUUCUCGUGGACGAUCACAACCAGAAGCUGCUGCUGCACGCUGACAUGGCGUACCAGCCUGUGUUCCAAGCAUGCGACAGGGCAGCGCCAGGCGUGUGGCGGGAGCUGAGGCGGCGCUACCUCGUGCCGGCCGACGGCCUCCCCAUGUUCGGCCCGGGCUUUGCUCCCCGACACCCUGGCAACAGCAGCAGCAGUGACAGCACUGGAAACAGCAGCACCACCGCCACCAAUAGCAGCAGCAUCCCCCCUCCGUGGACGGACGAGCAGAUGACGCGGCUGCCCGCCAGCUGGCUGGCUGUGAUUGCUCGGCGCCACAAGUCUAAGCGCCGCAUCGCUGGCUUCCCGCAAUUGGUGGAUUCCAUGAAGCAGAUCUUCCACCCUUCUAGGGUCUAUGUCUUCGAUGGCAAGCUGAAUGUCACCCAAGCCAAAACCGUGUUCAACAGAGCAGCGGUGUUUGUGGGGUUGCACGGGGCAGGCCUGGCCAACAUGGUCUUCAUGCCCCUCAACGCCAGCAUCUUUGAAAUCCGCCCCCGCGGCUACCCCAACCCGUGCUACCACCACCUCGCCACAGCCACUCAGAUGCACUACCAUUUGAUCCUCGGAAACGGCACCAAGGACAGCGAAUUGAAGUUUAAUCAUACCGAGGCUGUUGAGGUGCUGAGACUGAUUGCCAAUCGCACAAGAGCAAGAAUGUCAGCUGAAAAGUUUGAGUCGAUUAAUUUGUUGCCGCCGCUGGAGGCGGUGGGGGAGGAGGAUUGGGAGGAGGGGGGUGGGGAGGAUGGGGAGGAGGAUGAGGACAAUGGCGGAGGGGGGAAUGCGGAGUUGACUAUACCUCUUGAGCUUAUGGCGGAUGUGACUCUAAAGGCGCUGAAUGACACAGAUGGGCAUGUGUUCAACAAAACGACGCAUUUCAAUCGGGAGGGCUGCAACAACGACUCUCCGUUUGAGUACAAGAAGGGCACCAAGGUGCACAAGCUCAAGAGGGUGGUGAACCUGGCGUACUACCAGGGCCGCAACUUCUACCACGGGCUCGUCGAGUGGACGCCCCAGCUCUUCCUCCUCAGCUCGCUACUGCACGCCAACCCCACCAUCCCUCUGCUCGCCAUCCACGACCAGUGGGAUUUCUACGAGAAUAUAUCGAAGCCUAUUAUAGGUGUGGAACAAUUCGCUAUGAACCGACUCAAUAUAAGCCGCGGGGAGCUCUUCUAUGCCGAUGAGGUGUACCUUCCGCUAUACCAGGCAUGUGGCAAGGCCAGCCCUUCCCUCUGGUCGCUCCUCCGCUCCCACUUCCUUCUCGCCCCGCAAGGCCUCCCCAUCUUUCCGCCCACCAGCUGGAUCCAACGGCCAGGAUUGGCCAAUCCGGUGAACCAGACCGAGGCGGCAAUAGUGCCGCCCGAUUGGAUGGUGCUGCUGGUGCGGCGGCCAGGUGUCAAACGCUCAUUGGACCGCUGGGAUGAGCUGUAUGAGGCGGCCGUGUCGGUGUUCUCAUUGAAUCGGGUUCAUGUGCUCGACGGAUCAGUGCCUAUGCUCAAAG